UUAAAAGUCCCGGUGAAAUAUAUUUAUAAUAAUGCUGACUGAAUUAAACUUUAGAAAUUAACUGAAAAGUAGACACAGAAAUAAUGGUUUGCCUUGGUUUUGCAUGGAUAAAUAAUAACUGCAGCAGUACAUUUGAGGCUUGUAACAUACACACAAACAAUAAAUCAUUUCACUUAUUCAUUAAUUGUAUCCUGUGGUAUCUAACCAUACAGAAUAAACACAGAAUAGAAACAUAACACCAUGAAGGUGAAUAGAUUGUUUUGUGAUGCUAAAAUCAUGUAAAUGUAUAUAUGUUUUAGAAAUCAUGUUAGACUUACUCUACUUUAGCUCAUGUGCACUGUAUUUGCAUUCACAUGAUGUCCAUUAUUUAUUAUUCUGUAUCCUGUCAUCGUUGCAGGAUUAACGUCAACACGGUUUUAUUUUGAAAUUUCUGACCGGAAGUCCUGCUUUUCCAUUCUGCCUGGCUUGACGCUCCAAAAGCAUGGUCGCUUUCCGUCCUGAUGAAAAUAUCAAAGUGUGCGGUGCCCUUGUAUCCUGUCAGAGAGCGGAGGCUUCACAGUCAGUCCCGGAGCGUCAGCGGAGCACAGACAGCAGACUGUCCGGCCUGGAGUGUCAUUGUCCCCGGACGUCAGGACCCACCGUGCCCCCCCUCUCACACUGACUGAGCCCCGGCAUGUGGAGCCGCUUUCUCCUUGGAUGACCUACACGCAACCUCUCCCAGGAGCAGCGGGCGCCGGUUCACUACAGCGGAACACCUGCUGGUUAGGAGGACGUAUUAAUAUACAGCGGGCAACAAGUCAGGUUGAGUCUCCUGCAGGCUUCAGGCCGACUCCGGAGCAGCUGACCCGGGGAACAAAAUACGACGUCGCAAUUAUUUUUUUCCCACCGUGGCUGCGUCAGGAGGAGCGGACACACGUCUGGAAGUUUAAUACUUUGACAGUCAAUGAGUGAAUAAUAAUUAACAAGACAGCCCGUCUUUAAACUCAGACACUGAAUAAUUCCUGGAGGUUACCGGUGUUCACAUGAUGUACACAAUCACCAGAGGUCCCAGCAAACUUGUUACACAACGGAGGACAGGUCCCACACAACAAAUCGAGAGCAAAUUCAGCGACUUGAAGCUCAAGCCGACGUCUUGGCUCUCUUCAAGCUCUCCGCCGCCAAAGCUCGUGUUCAAUCGUUUGAACGGGAAGCGCUACCACAGUGCAGCCACACAGAAAACCGCCAGCCCAGCAGAGGGAUUCACUCCUGCACAUGAAGAGAACGUCAGAUUUGUGUAUGAAGCAUGGCAGGAGGUGGAGCAGAAGCUGGGGGACGGGGGCAGCGGGGAGUCAACUGACAGCCGGGGGCCCAUUCAGUACACUGAGAAGACUCCCAGUGCUGCGAUGAAGAACUUUGUGCCCAUAGACCUGGAGGAGUGGUGGGCUCAGCGCUUCCUUGCCAACAUUGCCAACCUGUCAUGAGUGGGUGAGGCUUUGAGCUGGGACAGGAAGCACCGCGUCGAUGCUCCAUAGGAGAGGGCAUCACGAUGGCGGAGAGGAGGCGAGCUCGUCUCCAGGAUCUGCGGUGCAAAAGGGUUGUACGUAAUUUGGAAUCUGAUUUGAUGCCCUGUUCUUCACGCUGCUGUAGAGAGAACUGGGUGCAGGACACAACUGCCCCCCCCCCAUGCAACAGCGACCUGACUGAACUCUGAGCGCUGACUUGAUGUUGUGCUGCUACGAAGGACCCGUCUCUCUACUUGAAUGACGUAUCAAUUUUUUUUUUUCCUUGUUCAAGAACCUGCCUCCUUUCUCAGUGUACUCGGCUGUAUGUACACCGUGGCUGAUCUUUUAAUAGAAAUCUAUGGAACAGCAAAAAAACUAAAAUGUUUUUCAAAAAUC